CAAGAUCUGAAUCAUAAUAUAUAGUAUGAUCAAAGAGAAGAUCAGUUCAUGUGUUCAUCCUUCCGAUGGUAUAGUAGAAUCUGAUAAGGAAGUGGAGCUUGAUGCAACAAAAGCCAAGUUGGAGAAAGUUAGAGAAGAAAAUGAGAAGUUAAAACUCUUACUAUCUACCGUUCUUACUGAUUAUAAAUCUCUUCAAAUGCAUGUCUCCAACGUUAUCCGACCACAACAUGAAGAUUCUAUGGAGAUGGACACUAAUAGCCACGACAAUUUCGGUGUAGAUAUAUCUCUUAGGCUUGGAAGAUCAGACCUAAAUGUCUCCAAAAAUGUAGAUGAAAUAGAUAAGAUUAGUCUGGACAAGAUUUCUGAUGAGAUCAGUGAGGGGUCCGAUAAGAAAAGAUCUGCACUCGGUUUAGGAUUUCGGAUUCAAAGUUGUGAAGAUACAGAUACUGAUCUAACCAUGAAGUUAGACUAUCUUUCCAAGGAUGUUAAACAUAUAAAAGCGGAUAAUAAAUGCAUAUCCUCGAGGAAAGAUAUCAAAACAGCUAGAAACGAAGAUCACCAAGAGGCUUUUGAAGUACAUGAACAACCGGGUUUAAAGAAAACUAGGGUUUGUGUGAAAGCUCCAUGUGAAGACCCAUCAAUAAACGAUGGUUGCCAAUGGAGGAAGUACGGACAAAAGACUGCAAAAGCGAAUCCUCUUCCACGAGCCUAUUACCGCUGCUCCAUGUCCUCAAAUUGUCCUGUCAGAAAACAGGUGCAAAGAUGCGGAGAAGAUGACACCUCCGCUUAUAUGACGACGUACGAAGGAACUCACGACCAUCCACUUCCCAUGGAAGCAACCCAUAUGGCUGCCGGAACUUCCGCUGCCGCCUCCUUAUUACAAUCUGGCUCCUCCUCCUCCCCAAGCCUAAGCUAUUAUUUCCCUUUUCACCACGUCUCUUUCUCCACCACUAACGCCCACCCCACGGUAACACUUGACCUCACACGACCAAACUAUGAUCCCAAUCAAUUACCAACCCACUCUUCACUCAGCUUCUCCUCCUCCUCCUCUGAUCGUCCAUCUCCAACAAACAGUCAUACCUUGAGCUUCAGUGGCUUGAGAUCACAAGCUCCCUUGACUAAAUAUUCACAAAUGGCCCCUUUAUCACAUCAAACCAAACUUUCUGGACAGCAAUAACUAUAUACUUUUUUUUUGUCAUCAAUGUUUAGAAAUUAUGGACUUCCAACUCAGUAAAGUGAUAAACAUCAGCAACCCAUGUGUUAGAUAUUGUGACAGCUUCUUAGUGUCAAUAUGAAAUAUUCGUCAAUCUACUUAUUAGUCACAUCA